CUUUUUUAAUUACUUGACAACAUUAAAUCCGUCAUGUGAGCGAUCAAAAAUUACCAAAUCAACCACAACAACAAACCACUGAAAUGAAAACAAACCGAGCAAUUUAAAACCCAAACCCAACCGGUUCUACGAAUGGAAGCAAAAUCUGAACUAUCAGCGACAUCGUUGACCAAGUUAAUAUCAUUCCUGUUGUGGACCGGACUAUACCUACAUUUGGCGGUGGACUCCAAGCGCAGUCCGGAGUGGUGUUCACGCGCGGUCACCCUGCUACAUGGCUCUGUGGCCGCGUUCGUAGGCCUAGCACAGUGCAAUGUAAACCAACUAACGCGAUCAUGUCUUACAAUGAGACUAUCAUGGUGGCAAUACGCUCUUAUGUUCUGGUCGUGGGGCUACUUUACAUUCGACUUCCUCUGGUGCUUGCUGUACUGGAGUAAGAGCUACACUAUGCUCUUCCAUCACCUAUGCUCGAUCAUCGCCAUAAAUAUGUACCUUAGCAUGGAGAACACUGGGUGUACAUUCGCUUGCACCAUCGCAUUAUUAGAGGUCACGAAUCCCCUUUUACAAACAAGAUGGUUUCUCCGCGACGGGGGAUAUAAUGAAUCUUUCUUAUAUUAUGUGGUGGAAAUAUCGUACCUAGUGUUGUUCAUAUUGCUCCGAGGAUGCCUUGGCACUUACUUGGUAUACAAAAUAUUGCUCUCCGACGCUUUUGGCCCACACGAAAAAAUCAUAACUGUUUCACUGUACUUGGUUUCUUUAGCAUUCAUAUACGAAAUCUUGGGGUAUGUGAUGUACAAAUAUAGAAACAGAAUUGAGGAAUUUAAAAGUAUAGGAGGAAAUGAAAUGGAAGCUAAAUUACCAGAACAGCAACAAGCUUCGUAAAUUCUGGGUUAAAAAUAUUUUAUUAAAAUUUUCAAUUGCACAAUAAAGUACUUUGUCAAUUAAAGUUAAAAAAAAGGUAAAUA